AUGUACGACGAGGUUGAGCUGGAUGAGGGCGGCGUCGGGAAAAUGCAGGCCGGCUUCAGCCGCACUUGGCAGAUCUGGAUGGACAAGGCUGCGCCGCACACCGCUCCGAGGUGGGCCGCGACGGUGUUCAUCAUGCUUGCCUACUGCCUCCGCGUGUACCUGAUCAACGGGUGGUAUAUCAUCACCUAUGGGCUGGGGAUCUAUGCGCUGAACCUGCUGAUUGGCUUCCUCUCGCCGGCGACGGACCCGGAGACGGAGGGACCCACGCUGCCGACGUCCAAGGACGACGAGUUCCGGCCCUUUGUGCGCAGGCUACCAGAGUUCAAGUUCUGGCGCGCCUUCUGCGUGGCCUUCUGCAUGACCUUCUUCAGCCUCUUCAACAUCCCCGUGUUUUGGCCCAUCCUCCUCAUGUACUUUUUCGCGCUCUUCUUCUUGACGAUGAAGCGGCAGAUCAAGCACAUGAUCAAAUACAAGUACGUGCCCUUCUCGUUUGGUAAGGCAAAGUACAAGGGCAAGGAGGGGGAGGGAGGCAGCCGAAGCGCAGAGUAG